AUGACAUUUCAAGCUGAUAGAUUUUAUAAUCCGAAAGAUGGUACUUAUGCAAAUGUACCAAUUAUGCCAGUACAUACAGAAAAAUUUCGAGGUAAACGACAAUAUGGAACUGAUGUUUUAAUUGGAAAUUGGUAUGAAGAUCGAUCAAAAUCACAAAAAUCAAAUUAUACACAUAAUUCAACCUAUCGUAUUGAUUAUCCAGGACAUAUUGAUCAUUUACCUGAUACAGUUUUAAGACGUAAAUUACUUUUAUCGCAAGAAGAACGACCUAGACGAAUGAUUCUUGGUCAUCAUAAUAUUAAUGAUGGUAAACAAUUGAUUAGCAGCUAUGACGAACAAUACAAUCGACGUGGACCCUAUGGAAAUAAUCGAUUUCCAGUAGAACGAAAAUGGGCAUUACAAGAUGAUUGUUGGGUACCAGAACAUAGUGACCAUCCACUUGAAGGUGAACCAACACGUUUUGGUCUUACGGAAAAAAAACGUUCGCAAAGUCAGUCUUUUCAUCGUUCACAUACAAUGCCUGAAAUGAGUGAAUAUACAGAUCGAUAUAUUCCUCAUGAAUCAAAAUUAUAUUCGGAAUCAACACGUGUUGCUAUUCCACGUUUAUUUUCAACUGCACUUGAUCGUACAAAUGCAAUUAAUAAAGAUCUUAAUUAUCGUUCGAUAACAAACAGUAGUCGACGACAACCAACAACACGCGAUGCAAAAGAAAUUGAUUAUUUACGUUCAUUUCAACGAGAUACAACUAUUCCACGAACAUAUUAUUAUUUAGGUAAAGCUUCGGAUUCAAUUGAUGAUAAUAUGCGUGAAAAAUUUCCAUUUUUACCUGCACCAAUUAAUACUCUUCAACAAAUUAAAUCAUCAACUAUUGAACAAUUUCAAAAUCAACAACGAGAACAAACUCUUUAUGCUUAA